AUGGGUACAGUGCUGUCCCUCUCCCCCAGCUACCGCAAAGCAGCCCUGUUCGAGGACGGCCCGGCUACUGUGGGUCACUACACGGCGGUGCAGAACAGCAAGAAUGCCAAAGAUGCGGCGGCAGCUGCCGCCAAAUCCCUCAAACGCCCCUCCAUCAUCAGUGUGCUGCCAUGGAAACGUAUUGUGGCCGUAUCAGCCAAAAGAAAGGGCUCUAAGAAGCUGCAGUCGGAUGGCGGCGAUGGUGGGAAGGGAUGCUCGCCUGAUGCGGACGACUCCAUCACCACUAAUUCGGCUUCUAACAGUUUGAAGCUGAAGAAGUCACAAUCCUGCGCAAAUCUUUCCGCUUACUCCUCCUGCCAGGAUCCCUCAGCCACCGCCUUGACUACCUCCUCCCACCUUCCCACCUCCAAGACCCUCAUUAACGUAGCUACUGUCGCUGCCAAAAAGAAUUCCCUAACUGGCUCCGGGAUCCAGCCUCCAACUGCAGUUGGCACGCCAAAGCGUGUCAUUGUUCAGGCCUCCACCAGCGAGCUGAUGCGCAGCUUGGGCGAAUUCCUGUGCCGCCGCUGCUACCGUCUAAAGCGUCUCUCGCCGACCGAUCCGGUGCUGUGGCUGCGCAGCGUGGACCGCUCCCUCCUCCUUCAGGGUUGGCAGGAUCAGGGCUUUAUCACUCCGGCCAACGUGGUCUUCCUCUACAUGCUGUGCCGCGACGUGGUCUCCGCCGAAGUGGCCUCGGAGCGCGAGCUGCAGGCCUCGCUGCUCACGUGCCUCUACCUGUCCUACUCCUACAUGGGCAACGAGAUCUCGUACCCGCUGAAGCCCUUCUUGGUGGAGGCCGAGAAGGAAGCGUUUUGGGACCGUUGCUUGGAGAUCAUCAACCGCAUGAGCGGCAAGAUGCUCCAGAUCAACACCGACCCGCACUUCUUCACCCAGGUGUUUGCUGACCUGAAGAAUGAGAGCAAGAAAGAAGAGGAGAAGACCAAACUCUUUAUAGGCCUUGACCGAUAA